AUGCGGUCAUGUUUUCCAGACUAUGUGGUGCCCAAACGAAGGGUCGCAGCUGUCAACAUCGUCGAGGAGGACAUCAAUGAGGUGCAUCCUGCAAACCCAGGGGAUCCGAUCCCUGGGGGCUUCGAUGAUGUAGAAGUUUUUCUUUCUGAGUAUGGUUUGAAUCCCGGCGAAGAUGAAGAUCCAAAUGAAGUGGCCUUUGAUGAGGGUGAAGUAGCCGAAGUUCUUGCUUCGACCUGGAAAGAGAAACGACAGGAGCUGAACAAACUCCAAAAAGGUCGAAAGUUUGAGCAAGCCUCGGAUGUCCGUCGGUCAUUCAGGGUACAAGUUGAAGAACUCAAAAGACGGACAAGAUGCAGAAAGUGCGGAAAGAUAGGUCAUUGGCAGAAAGAAUGUCGUUCCCAGGGAACGGCUGCAGCGUCGUCGUCUUCGGCAACGGGAUCUCAUGCUGGAUCCCAACGAACUGGUGCAGGGGUAGUGGAAAAUGUGGAGCACUUCAUUUGUGUAGCCAGCCCUGUGUCGUCUAGCCCGGAUGUAAUGAUUGCCCAACUGCUGGAAAAGCGUCAGCAGGUGAAGGCUGAUCACACUGAGGUCUGCCUGGUGUCAAGCCCUGGUUUUGCAGUGCUGGACAGUGGGUGUGGGAAGACCAUUAUCGGGUCUGAGACGUUGGCUGGAUUCAAAAAGAUUCUCUCUGCAAAGGGAAUUGUGGUGCCUCCGGAGUUUUCUGAAUCAAAUACCUUCAAGUAUGGGAAUGGUGAGACUGAAGUUUCCAAUCGCAUGGUCAAACUGCCCAUCUGUUUAGCUGGCCGACGUGGCUCCAUUCAUGCUGCAGUGGUGAAAGGACAGGCCCCUCUGUUGAUGUCGAGAGUCGCCUUGAAAUCACUGGAAGCUGAGAUGAAUUUUGGAAAAGAUCAAUUGAUUGUUUUCACUGACCGUGUAUCGGUUCCUCUGACGGUGAACAGUGCCGGACAGUAUACAGUGAACGUCUCCAACUUUGCCAAGAUUUCAGAGCCAGCCGUGAAUGAAGAUGAUGACGAGAGUGACCUGCCGAUGCUGACUGAGCCCAGUCCUGCCGCCCUGCUGAGCCAAUGGACCAAUAAGCAACAUCGCCACCUGAUGUCGCAACUGUGCACUGAGGGUAAUCUCAUUCGCAAGUCAACCCGCCUGUUGGUGUCACACCAAAAUAUGCUCACUCUCAGCCGGAAGUGCCCUGGUGAUGCCAAUCCGAAGCAUCGUCAGCAUCAGGUGGUUGCUGGUAGCCAUCCAAAAGUUGGAUCGAUCAGUAGGUUUGCUGGCCAAUAUCCACAGGCCUUUGUUAAAGCUGUGUCGAACACUGAGCCAAAGUUUCGUACGACACCAGUGUUGACGGUGCACCAUGAGAUGUCUGCAGAAUGUCUGGCUGCCUCUCGAGUCCAGGAUCUUGAUGUGGAAAAUGAACAACAGCUGAAAGCUAGUUUGAGGAAGUUGCAUGCCAACUUAGGUCACCCUAGCAAUAAUCAUUUGGUUAGGAUCCUGAAGCAUGGAGGUGCCAGUGACACUGCAAUCAAAGCUGCUCGCGAGUUUUCCUGCGACUUGUGCCGUGCCAAUACCAAGCCGAAGAUUUCCUUGCCAGCUCAGGUGCAUCGAGUGUCAGACUUCAACGCUCUGGUAGGUUUGGACAUCAAGUAUCUCCCAGGAUGGAAGGUAAAUCAACGUGUCCCAGCUUUGAACAUAGUGGAUUAUGCCAGUAGUUUCCAGUUGAUGAUUCCUUUGCCUGCUCAAGAAACCUCUGAUUUGAUUCGACAGGUGUUCCAAGAACGAUGGACCAGUUGGGCUGGAGUUCCUAGAGAAGUCAUUGUUGACCCUGCCCGUACGAAUGUCGGUGACGCUUUAACUGUGCCACUUGAGCUUGCUGGAACGGCGAUCCGUAUUACUGCGGCAGACGCCCAUUGGCAACUUGGAAAAACAGAAGUGCAUGGUGGCUGGUUUAGCAGGGUUCUAGAAAAGGUUCUGUUGGACGUGUCGCCCAAAGAUCACUCAGAAUGGAUGGAAUGUGUUCACGCAGCCCACUGCAAGAAUCAACUCAUUCAGGUUUAUGGCAUGUCACCGUCUCAAUUUGUCUUUGGUCAAAAUCCUAGGGUUCCUGAGAACUUACUUGAUGAGCCAGUCGAAGUGGUGCCUGCCACAGCCUCUCUGUACAGUGCGCGAAUUGCACGUCAAGUCGCAAUCCGUCAAUCUGCACGGAAGUCGCUGAUUGAACUCCAGGACAAUCGGGCCUUGAGACUUGCAUUAGCCGCCCGGCCACGAACCAUCACCACGUAUCAGCCUGGUACGUAUGUUGCCUACUGGAGAAGCCAAAAGUGGAACAAAGGUGUCUUAGAGAAUAAAGGGCGUUGGCAUGGGCCAGCCGUUGUUCUUGGUGCAGUGGGUCGAAACGUGGUGAUCGUUCACAAACGUCAAAUCUUGAGAUGUGCCCCAGAGCAAGUGAGGCCAUCCACACCGGAUGAGAUGCAGCUGGUUGACACUCCACAAAUGGAACUGUUGGGGAUUAAACACCUAAUAGAGCGGGGGAUGUUAGAUAGUAGACAAUACAUAGAUCUUGUCCCUGAAGAAUAUCCAUCCGCCAGUGGUGAUGCACCAGAACCGCUGCCUCCUGCGGAGAACUCUCAAGCGGCCAGGGAACUGCAAGAUUCUCAGAAUCAACCGGCACCCGAGGGUAUUUUCAGUGAUGUAGAGUCUCCUCCAAGUGCACCUGUGAGAGACACCGAGAUGCCUGAAGCCCCUGCUGACGAAAACGUCAGGGUAGUUCCGCCGACGGGACCUGAAUCGGAAGUUCAUGCUGCUCCAGGCGAUGGCACAAACACAUAUGGACCCUUGCGUAGGAAGGUACUAGGUAAGUCAGGUCCUCAAGCCUUAUACCGUCCUGCCAAAUUGAAAGAGGAUGAUUUUGCUGAAAUCAUGCGUGAAAUUGUGCCCGACUUGAUUGAGCAGACUUUGGCAUCAGAGUCGUCCCAGUCAGCACAGUUGUCAGAGACUGAGAGGAGUUCCAGUGUUAAGCGCGCCUUAUCGCCUUCGGAAGUCGAAGUUUUGUCUGUGGCUGUGACGUCACAACAUGCCGAUCUGCCGUCCGAUCGUUUGGAAGAUCAUGAAAAGGCAGAGCUCCGUGACCUUGUAGAUGCCGGAGCCGCUCAUGAGCAAUUGGUAGCAAGUUACUUUCAGAAGAAAGCCUCCAAAGAAGUUAAGGGUACGGGUAAUGAGGUAGAGUUGCAGCGUAAGAUAGAUGAAGCCAAAUUACUCGAAUGGAAUACCAUCCUUAGCAAGAAUGCAGCCAGGUUGGUCCUAGGUCCUGAAGCCCUUGAUGUUCGCUCCAAACUUGCUCACCGUAUCAUGGGUAGCCGAUAUGUCAUCACCGUGAAACAAGAAGACGAUGCACCGGCUCGAAUCAAGGCACGUUGGUGCUUGCAGGGACAUUUGGAUCCUGAUUUACAUGCCAAGGCUCAACAUGGUGAUCUCCAGAGUCCUACCAUUUCACAAAUUGGUCGAAACUUGUUAUUCCAGUUGAUAGCCUCCCACAAAUGGUCGUUGAAACUUGGUGACAUUCGUGGUGCUUUCUUAUCUGCAGGUCAGUUGCCUAAACAAUAUCGGCCACUGUAUGCCUCUUUGCCGGCUGGGGGAAUUCCGGGCGUUCCAGAUGACGCCCUGAUCGAAAUAACUGGACAUGUUUAUGGACUCAAUGAUUCGCCAUCAGCUUGGUAUCGUAAGUUGGAUAGUGAACUUCAUGCUGCCGGUUUCGAACGUUCCAAGAUUGAUAGCUGCAUCUAUUACAUGCGUGAAGAUGGUAAGCUGUCAGGUGUCUAUGGAAUACAUGUUGAUGACUGUGCAACAGGGGGUUCUGGAAAGAAAUAUGAAGAUGCUUUGAACUACCUCAAACAAAAAUUUGAGUUCAGAAAGUGGCGUAACCAUGAUGGAGAUUUCUGUGGAGCACGGUAUGUUCAGGACCCUGUUUCUAAAGUCAUUUCCAUGUCACAGCAAGCUUUCGCUCAGAAACUGAGACCAUUGCACUUUUCAAGAGAACGCAUGUCCAAGAGAGAUGAACCGUUGAAUCCAAAAGAAGUUGCGUGUUUACGUGCGAUCAAUGGAAGCUUGAACUGGCUGUGCACUCAGUCACGCCCAGACUUAUCUGCUCAAGUGUCCUUCUCACAACAAUCUUUUCCUGAACCGAAGGUUCAAGAUGCUUUGAAUGUGAACAAUGCAGUUCGUCGCGCCAAGCAGCAUUCCGAUCAGAACAUUGUGUUUUCAGUGAUUCCUCCUGAAGAACUUUGUGUGAUGAUGCAUUCAGAUGCGGCGUUCGGAAAUGCCCGUGCUGGAGCGACGCAAGCUGGAUAUGUGGUGAGCCUGACCAGUAAGGCCAUCAAUGUUGGAAAAGAAUGUGCGUGGACACCGGUCUUCUGGCGUAGUUUUAAGCUGCCAAGAGUAGUGAGUUCAACCUUGAGUGCCGAGGCUCAAAGCAUGUCGGAAAGUCCCGAAGCGUUUGACCUGCUCCGGGCAUGCAUCCGAGUCAUGCGAUACCAGAUCAGCCCCGAAGAAAGUGUCCUGAAAUGGCGAGCAAAAGAGAGAGAGCGUCGGAAGCAGUUUUAUCAAGGGUGGCACUAUCUUGUAUCGUUGCUGUGUUCCUUCUUUUCGAUGGCUGAAGCACCGUUGUCUCCAGCCCAGUCUGAUGCUUGGGAUGUGGUGAAAGAUGAUUGGUCUUCCUUGGAUCAAUCUCAAGCUGUCAUGCUGGUGACGAAGGCUCGUCGCCUUGGUCUCAUGGAUCAAGUGAUGCUGGCGGUUUGUGAAGAAGAGCGCUUGUGUGCCCAGCUGCAGCACACGCCUGGGUCUAUGAAUGAUUCGUCAAAGCGCCUUCGUGAAGCCACAGUGAUUACCAACCUAGCCAGUGAUGGUCGUGCUGGAUAUGGAUCUCUCACGUAUGCUCCUCCUCCGUGCAGCUCCUACAAUGUGCCUCCUCCUUUGCCGAAGUUGUCUGGAUCUGAGGGUGCGAACCUUGCCAGUGAUAUCGCGCUCCCUGAAGGAGUCACUAGUAUGGCAGAUUGGGCAUGCACAGUGGUAUCCUUUGGAAAGUACAAAGGCAAGAAGAGCUAUGUUGAGAUCCUCACUGAUGAAUCCGAAGAUAUGGUCGGCUACAAGAAGUACCUCUAUGACCAUUUCUCCCAUGGUUCUCCGCAGUUGCGGGAUCUCACAGCCUAUUUGAAGGCAUGUGGCUAUGGGGUGAAGAAGAUUCAACAGCCGGUGAUUCCCGGCACCACCAUCAUCCGUGAGUUCAAGCGCUGA